AUGACAAGUCAGAUAAGUGUUUCAUCCGCUCCUGCCAAUGAUUCAAAUGACUUCAGUAUUAGGAUGCGAUUCCAAGUUGGUCUUUUCCCUCAAAUGUCGAUUCCACCAAUAGGUACCAAUUUAACAGUCAAAAUGGAGGCAUUGUUGACUCCAAAGAUUAUCGUAGAUAUUCCCAUGAGAGUUUCCUCGAACUGUCCGAUUCAAUAUGAUUCAGUUAACUUUACCAAGUGCCCACCGCAAGUAGAAAUAGGUGGGGUUUAUGAAUAUUCUGUGGACUACUUUAUAAGCAGACCCAUUGGCGAUUACGUGUUCACAUUCACUACUGAUGAGUUUAGUGCUUCGAUUGGACAUAUAUCUUUGACGCUACCUACAACAUUCUCUACAUACCCAGAAGGUUACAAAAUAGAUACGCAACAAUUCGUUGGUGGUAACUUCGCACUGACUACCAUUGGCUACGUUAGUGUUUCAAAUCUACAAAAUCCAGCAAAAAUCUCACCAUUAGGUAAGAAUUCUACAGUGAAUUUUUGUGAGAGCCAACUCAUAGCAUUUGCAGGUUCUAAUUUGGUUGCGAAUAAUGUCUUGACAUUAAAGGAUACCUCAGUCGUGAAUCAAGCUGAAAAGUUACAAUUCUUUAAUCUUCAACUGAGUAUUCUGCCUUCUACGACAGCACUUUAUAGUAUUUAUAUAACUUAUACUGGUAAACUAAAGGCGGAACAAUGUUCCGUGGAUUACUUGUUAACAGAAAAUAAUUCAACAAAGAAAAUCAGGCUAAUAACAGAAUACACUGUACUUCAAGGGCGAAGAACAACAGGCACAACGACAAUUGGUAUAUUUAGAAACAAUAACCCAUGGAAUGUUUUUUAUAAUUUCCAAUUCGCAGUGAAAUUAUGGUACGAUACCACCUACGUCUUGGGUGACACAACACAAACGUACGUUCGGAUGUUUUCUGGAUCACUAACUGUAUCUUCUUUUGUUGUAACGCUUCCAGUAACGUCUAUGGAGCAACCCAUACCCACUACUCCUGUCUCUAAAACUCCUGUAGUUACUAUUGAAAAAGUCGAACCACGAAAUUCACAACCAACAGUGAACUUUAGUACAAUUGUAGAAGUUCGAGUGAAAUUCGUUGAAGACUUUGUCUACAUGCCGAUAACUUUUCAACUACAAGUAAAUUCAAAUGAAGCAAUUAUAAUCAGACAGAGUAUUCAAACAAUUGGAUAUCUAUUAAAAGCUGUAGCACUUGUGGGCUAUGAUUUUUCUGUUAAACCUAAUUUGGCUAGAUUGCAAAUAAAUUCGGUGUACUUCAAUGAAUCAUGUACAGAUGCUCAGUGUGAUAUUGCAAUGCGUUAUUCGAUAAUUCCAAUUACCACGAAGCCUUUAGUGAUCACAUCAACAUUUACCUCUGGUGUAUCCAACUUUACGAAAACAUUAACUAUUACUCCACUAGAUAACUACUCUACUGUGUUGUCAUCAAGUCAGGUUCCAGGAGUUGAUCUAAUUUCUAUUGAUUCAAAAACAGUCAAAAAUCAAGUUAUACCGAACUAUUUAACAUCACUGAAGUUAACGCUAACUCUGAAACCCAAUGUAUGGCAGUCGAUAUAUUUUCAACUUUAUGCUCCAGGUGCCUACCAAGAAUACAUAUUAGUCAAGCCAAUAAUGCUAAGCCAAUCAACAUCAUUGCCAUAUGUCAGCUCAGUUUCGAACUCUUUGGAAAAUAUGGUUUAUAUCAGUAUAGAUAAAGCUUAUUACGAAGGAAUUGCAACCGAUCAAACGACUUCGGCAGCAAAUCAGUUGACUUACCAUAUCCCAAUGUUCACUGCAAAUUCUGUCAGACCACUGGUCAAUUUCACUUACAAUAUGACAGUCAAUUCAAUCUCUAUAUUUGGUAAUUUCAUAUUUACUACCACCACUCCAGCAGCAUUUACUACAACUCUUACAAAUACUUGGACUUUAAAUUAUCCAAGUGCCACUGAUGUAUAUAAACAAAUGUGUACUGGAGGACCGUUUGAAUUUAUAUUGAAUAUGUGUCCGAUUGAAAGACGUUGUUCGUUCUAUACAUACUGGAUCAACAGAAUUUUCAAUGGUAUUGCAGCUCUUAAUAUUACAAAAGUAAUUGUACAACAAUUUAAUCCAGAUGUGUGGUUAUCAACCUCGUUCUCUUUAAUUUGA